AGACAGCGACCGAGAGAUAGAGCGACAGAGACGCACAGAGAGAGAGAGAGAAAGAGAGCGAGAGAGAGAGAGAGAGAGAGAGAGAGAGAGGCUCGCACACAGCUCAACAUCAUCAGUCGCAAUAACGGCUUAAUCAUUCCUCACCGUGGACGACCGACAUCAAGCGCUAUAACCUCACCAUCUGAAACACUUCAUUAGACAAACACAUAUUUAUAAAACGACACUUUUUAUCGUUCUAGUGAUUUUUGGUGGAUUUUAAUAAGUGUGAAGCGGUGAAGUCCACCCCGGCUGCUCAACACCUUCCGUCACGCAGGACAAACUUCACCGGGCGCACAUCAUACAAACCAUGAAGUACAGCUACUGGAAUCUUUGAAUUGAGUGGAGCAAGUCGAGAGAAGAAAGUCUAGUUUGAAGAAGUGCAAGACAAAAAAGAGGGACAAAAAGCAUAAAGUUCAUUGGUGAAAAAGAGAGUGAAGAAAAGACGGGGACAAUGGGGAGAAAAAAGAUUCAGAUCACACGGAUUAUGGAUGAACGCAACAGACAGGUGACAUUCACAAAGAGAAAGUUUGGCCUUAUGAAGAAAGCCUAUGAGCUGAGCGUGCUGUGUGACUGUGAGAUCGCCCUCAUCAUUUUCAACAGUACCAACAAGCUGUUCCAGUACGCCAGCACAGACAUGGACAAAGUGUUGCUCAAAUACACCGAAUACAAUGAGCCACAUGAGAGCAGGACCAACUCUGAUAUUGUGGAGACAUUAAGAAAGAAGGGUCUAAAUGGUUGUGACAGCCCUGACCCCGACGCAGAUGACUCAGUUGGCCACAGCCCGGAGUCAGAGGACAAGUACCGUAAAAUCAACGACGACAUUGAUCUGCAUAUGAUCAGCAGACAGAGGCUUUGUGCUGUGCCCUCUUCUAACUAUGAGAUGUCCAUUCCCAUGAAUAACCAGAUCUACUCGGGUAACCAUAACCUGCUGCCCUUGGCCCACCAUGGCCUACAGAGAAACAGCAUGUCGCCCGGAGUCACGCACAGACCUCCUAGUGCAGGUGGUCUGAUGGGCGCUGAUCUCUCCACUGGCGCUGGCACCAGUGCUGGUAAGGACGGCAUCCCCUCAUACUACAGAAAUGGCUAUGGAAACCACCGUAACUCUCCUGGACUGCUGGUGUCCUCUGGAGGCAUGAACAAGAGCAUGCAGGCCAAGUCCCCUCCUCCGGUUAACCUGGGCAUGAACAGCCGUAAGCCUGACCUGCGUGUGCUCAUCCCACCUGGCGCCAAGAACAACAUGCCUUCAAAUAAUCAGAGAAUAAACAACUCUCAGUCUGCGCAGUCACUGGCAACUCCUGUGGUUUCUGUAGCGACACCAACUCUACCAGGGCAGGGAAUGGGUGGCUACCCCUCAGCCAUUUCCACCUCAUAUGGUACUGAAUAUUCUCUGAGCAGUGCGGAUCUGUCCUCUAUAUCUGGCUUUAACAGUGCUAACACUCUGCAUCUGGGCUCAAUGAGUGGAUGGCAACAACAUCAGAUACAGAACAUGCAUCACUCUGCUCUCAGUCAACUGGGAAAUUGCUCUAGCACUCACUUAUGUCAGGGUUCAAAUCUCUCCCUGCCCUCUACUCAAAGCCUGCACAUCAAGUCCGAACCUGUUUCUCCUCCUAGAGAUCGCUCCAGCAGCGGCACGCCCGCCGGCUACUGCCCGCUACCGUCCCACCAGCAGCACCAGGGCCCACACCCACAGGGGCUACAGGACUCGGGCCGCUCCCCGGCUGACAGUCUCAGCAGCUGUGGCAGCUCGCAUGAGGGCAGCGAUCGCGAUGAGCACCGUCCCGACUUCCAUUCGCCCUUGGGAUUGGGCCGACCCGGCCUAGACGAGCAAGACAGCCCAUCCAUCAAGCGAGUCCGCCUUUUUUAGAAGGGUGGGCCACAUGAGAUGCGACACCCGUGGAAAGCCCCGUCCUUGAUCUUGACCUCCCCGAUGUGGUUCCAUGGCACCACCUCACUCUCUUUUUCUUUCUGCCGCUGACGAGUCACAAUCAUUACUCCCACCUAUUCUCUGUUUUGCUGUAGAGAGGGGAAGAAUUGCUCUCUAAAUUACCUGUAACUUUUUUUUUAUGUCAGAGUGUGUCUCAUAUACAUAUUGUGAUUGAUGGGUCUAUGGGAGGGAAAAGGGAAGAAGAUCUCUAGUACAACAGGGUUGGGGAGGGCUUAGUG